GCCUACCAUCAACUAUUACAAAACGAUUCAAAUACAGACCUAUCCAGUUUAGGAACCUAAAAUCAAUCGUGUUCAAUUCAUACCACCACCUUACUAAAACAAAGUCGUAAUUGAAUCGUUAGUGAACGAAUGAAAUCAAAUAAAAAAUAAAAGUUGUCUCUGAGUCGCACUCCCCGGUGACAGCUGCUGGCAGACGAAAGAAAGAGAACAAGCUAUACGAUCUCUCAAUAUUUUAUCUCGCUCGGUAAUGUCACUAGAUUUGCGUUCCCUUAUACGAAAUUCUCAUUAUAUUGUGCCAAAGAAUGUUUAUUUAUUUGUUACUUAUACAAAAAUAUAUAUUCUAAACUAGCACCAAUUUACCAAGUUUAUGUGAAAACUUCAAAAUACAGCUAAAUUUUAUUUAAAUAGUAUGUACGACUGUUUUUAACUAAAACGUUUAAAGCAAUAUGAUGUGUACACAAAUUCGGAACGGAACGUACUUUGAUUUCGAGUUAAGUGGUUCGUAAUAAGUACCUGUAGCGGCAGAUUCGUUUGUUUAUGUGCGUGUUUUUGAAUAUUAUUUAAGUGAAAAAAGGAUAAUUUUUACAAAAUCAUAAUGUCCGUCUCCCACACUCGAAGAGUUACUUUCAGCCAGCUUGAGCAGCUAUGGGAGUUUUUAAAUAAAAAUAGGUGCUUAGCUACAGGCUUUAAUAAAACGUCCCAAGCAAGGGAGUUUUCAAAAAGAAUGUGGGAAGAGAUAGCGCAGUAUUUAAACUCGCACGGUGAUGGAGCAACAAAAGAUUGGAAAGGAUGGUGCAAAUAUUGGAAUGAUUAUAAAUCUAAAUUAAAAAAGAAUGUUGCGUUAGUCAGAGCGUCGCAUCAACUGACUGGAGGGGGCCCUUCAAAUGUGAGGCCUCUUACUGAAAUAGAAGAGAAGUUUUUGCUUAUUGUGGGUCAGGAUUUUGGCACUGGUCUGCCAGGAAUUAGAGUGCAACCAAAUUUUGAAAGGGAACCAAUAGAACCUCAGCCAGUUGCCUCGAAUAGAAUUUUAACCCCAACAAUAGAAGAAGCUACCCAAGAGUUUGGACAAGACAAACGGAAUCUCCCCAAUGAAGACGAGGCGCAGGAUGGAGGAUCUCUAAGUGUUUUAGAAUACUGGGGAGGAAAUGAACCUCAGCCCGGUCCGUCGAGGAUCUUAACGCCCCCGCCAGCGCCGCAAGCUACGGAAGUGCAGCCUCCUGCCGCGCGGUCACCGCGCACGCCGCGCCGCUCUCCGCGGGCUGCCGGCUCUACGCCGCGCCGCCGCCGCCCACGCCGCGCGCUGCGACGGGACCCGCCCGUGUCCCAGGAGGCGGCUCGCCGAUCUCUCAUAGAAAUCUCGAGCCGCAGAGCCGAAAUAGAGGAAAGAAAUACUAAUCUCUUGGGACAACUGGUGGCGGAGAUCCGAGAAAUCAAACAAAUAUUACUAUCUAGGAACGCCGGACAUCCCACAGUCGACGAAUGAGAUCAUUUCGAAUAGCUACACCCUGUUGAAGUGCUUGGUUGUUUUGGCUGCUACUCACAGUAUCUUCAGCAAGAUUGGCAGGCUGCAUUUGAGCUUCUUGAGAG